UAAAGUGCAAACAGUCAGCUGACGAUCAUACCGGCUCUUUGUAUAAAACGAAACGAAGAAAACUAACGAUAAACAAACAAUCUGCGUCACCUGGCUCGGUGUUUUAGCGAAUAUUAUAUCACAGUCCUUAUCUGCUUGUUAAUGAACGUACGUUCGGCAUUCAUUUCUAUCUCAUCGGCUCCUAUCAAACGAUCGUUUCUUAAGAAAGGAAGAAAAAAUCUUUUGCUGGACCGGUAACUGGCAUCAAAACGCGUAUUGCGACAACACACGCACACCUUCACACUGUUAAGUGGUGUCAUAAAUUGCGUGGAUAUCUCACAUUUUACGCCGCGAUCGCCUGCUGAAUGGUGCAGAGAAACCAGUCGACCAAGAACAAUAGUCUUCAGUUGAAACUGUCGCCCUGAAGUUGAAGCCGGAUAAUGCCGACAGAGUACGGAACACUCGCGAAAGUGGCAGCCUCCGUGGUGCUCCCGCAGCUCGGUGGAUUCGUGAACGGGUACGUCACCCGCCAGGAGAUUAAGGGCUGGUACCAACACCUGACCUUCCCAUCGUUUCGGCCGCCGAACUGGGUGUUCGGUCCCGUGUGGACUUCUCUCUACACCGGCAUGGGAUAUGCCUCAUACCGGGUGUGGAAGGAGGGUGGUGGCCUGGAUGGCCCGGCACGCAUUCCACUGAUGCUGUACGGUGCUCAGCUUGCGUUGAACUGGGCCUGGACACCGAUCUUCUUCCGUUACCAUCAGUUGAAAUGGAGCGUCGUCGAGAUAUUAACCUUGACCAGUACGGUUGCAGCGACCGGAGUGGCAUUUUACGGUGUGGAUCGGCUGGCCGGCCUGUUGUUCGUGCCAUAUUUCGCCUGGUGCGCCUUUGCCAGUGUCCUUAACUACCACAUCUACAAGCUAAACACGCCGCGUUCCAAAACAACGGCCACCAUCGAGGAGGUGCACGAUCCGGCCAAAAAGAAGUGAAUGCUUAGACCGUCUACGGCCCUUGGUAAACAUUGGUUAUGAAUCAUUUCUUAUCGCCAAACAAAAUAACGGAAACUCGCGUAGAACGUAACUUUCGAAUCGGUUGAUUGGUUCAGCAUGCAAACAACUAUCUAACACAAAGCAACUAAAUGUUGAAACACCGGAACGAAGUGACCGGCAGUCAUUUCGUCACCAGUGCCCAUGUGUCCAUGUCUUAGCGGCGUAUGGCGUACGCGUGGUAUAGGGUUAUGGUACUCGAUAAAAGAAGAUGCCUUUUUACGUAAUAUGUUCGUAUAUAUUUUUGUAGUUCGACUCAGGUGUACAUUGCGAAAUAGUCGUUAAUAAUGGCUGAUAACACUGAUUUAUGAUAAAAUGUUUUUAUGCGCCCUUGUAAAGGGCGACAGUUUGAACAAUGAUUAAAUUGAAUUACAAGUAAUACACUUGAAGUAAUAGUAAUAAUACAGUAAUACAUUUGAAGCUUUAUCAUUCCAUAAUUAUUUAUUGUGGACUGUAACUAUUUGUAAUUUCUAUUUUGCUAGGAAUUAAAUUCAUAUAAUUCGUAUUGUUCGAACCUUUGUAAUGGUUUUUUAAUAAGCGAUUGCUGGGUGUGAAGCGAAUUUCCAUGUACGAUUGUGAAGUAACUACUCCAAGCCAAUAGGAUAGAAUGCCCCAUCUCUCUCUCGAGCUACAGGACGAAGGGAUACUGGGCAAGACCGCUCGACGACUUUGAUGCCGAGUAAAGAAAAAGGCCGAGUAAAGAAUUUUUAUAAAAUCUUAUUUUAAAUCUUGUUGUGGGUAGUGUUGGAUUUUUGCUUUGGUCCAAACCAAGCGUGGCAUAAUGGGACUGUCUAUAAUAUUUGAAGUUCAUACCACGCAUUUGUAACCACGUGACGUAAAACGGGCCAGCAAACGGGGAUAAUAUGUGGACUGCUUCUAAGGCAGCCGUGGUGGACAUUUAACCGAAAUUGUAUUUUAUACAUAAAUAACAUGAAUCAACCUUUCAAAUAAAAGUUCAAGCAUC